AAUCACUCACACUUAAGACCCUUUCCUCAUCUCUAUCUCUAGUUAUCAUUUUGCUAAAAUAAAGAAGUCUUUGUGCUAAAUCUUUGAGAGAAAGGCCUGAAGAUUUUGUAUAGUACUAUCCCAUGUAGUAGUAUUUAUUGUUUGCAUGAGGUAGUUGUCAGGAAGUGAGUUUGACUCCUAUACUGGAGAAAAUGUGCUCUCCGUAUUUUGUAAAUAUGAACCCUUUUGUUAGUUUUGUGAUUUGGAUCUCUCUCUGGAGUUCUUUCCAUAGUUUUCAUGCCUCUCCAAUGCAAUGCAAUGUGUCUUUAAAUGAAUCAUGUCCUGCUUCAUUGUACUAUGUUCCAAAUACAAUGAGAAGUCUUGAUGAAACAGCUUCUUUAUUCAAUGUGGAUAAUGAUGCAGUAAAGAGAACUAUUGAUGGUUUCCUGAUUAUGAUAAAUUGCAGCUGUCUGGCUGAGCACGGAUUCUUCACUUGGCACAUGGAUUACGAGGUCCAAAAGGGGGAUACAUGGGAGAGCAUUUCGUCGAAAUUCGGGUUCUUUGUGCUGGCAAUGUCAGAAAAGGUGUUGAUUCCAUCGGUAAUUGUGACUCUUGAUGUUUUAUGUGGCUGUUCUAACAACGCAGACAUGGUAACAUACAAGGUUCAAAAUGGAGAUACUCUGUUUACAAUCUGUUCUCGGUUUAAAGCUAAUAAAACCAAGACUGUCUUAUUGAAUGGGCUAGACAAUCCAGACAGUAUCCGCGAGAGAGAUAUUCUGUUUAUCCCCACACCAGCUGGCUUUAAUAACCUUACUUCCAUUGAUUAUCACAACCAAGAAACGAAGACCAAAAAAACACCAAAAUCUCGAAUUUUUAUUGUGGUUGGAGCCAUUUCAGCUGCUUUAGUUGUCGUACUAUUGUCGAUCCUACUUUUAUUUUGGAAAAACCAUAUGAAGAAGCGAGCUCGACAACCGAUAGCUUCCUCAAGGAGAUUGAAUUGCUUGCACUGUUAUCUUGCAUCAUGUCCUCAGCAUAGAAAAUCUGAAGAAAGCAUGGUUUCUUCAAUCGGUUCAGACAAAGCUACUGUUUUACCGUACAAUGAAAUACGUGAAGCCACCUCCAACUUUAGCAGAUCUUUAAUAAUUGGCCAAGGAUCUUACGGAUUAGUCUACCUCGGAAAACUACGAGGAACAGAUGUGGCCAUCAAGCAGAUGAAAGAUACAAGCUCCAAAGAGUUUUUGUCAGAGUUAAAUAUUCUUUGUAAAGUUCAUCACAUAAACUUGAUCGAGCUUAUUGGAUAUGCGGCUGGUGGAGAGUCCUUGUUUCUUGUUUAUGAAUUUGCCCAAAACGGUGCAUUGAGUAAUCAUCUGCACAAUCCUGCAUUAAGAGGUCAUAAACCUCUCCCUUGGACUACACGAGUUCAGAUUGCUCUUGAUGCAGCUAAAGGUCUUGAAUAUAUACAUGAACACACAAAACCUUACUAUGUCCAUCGAGAUGUCAAGCCAAGCAAUAUUCUCUUAGACUCCAAUUUCCACGCAAAGAUUGCAGAUUUUGGGCUGGUAAAGUUAUUAGAACAAUCUCCAGAUGCUGGAGGUGCAGCAGCAUCUAGAAUUGUUGGCACAUUUGGUUACCUUGCACCUGAGUAUGUUCGAGAUGGACAUGUGACCGCAAAGAGCGAUGUCUAUUCCUUCGGUGUUGUUCUUAUGGAAUUACUGACUGGUCAGCGAGCAUUAAGUAAAGACGCAAGUCCUGAAAAUGAAAAGCUCAGUGAACAUCGUUCUGUUGUGCAAUACAUGCUGUCAGCAUUGAAUGAUAGCCAGGACUCGUUCGACGAGCUGGCCAAAUGCAUUGAUCCGAACCUGACCUCCUACGACAAAGAUUCACUCUAUGAGAUGGCCCUCUUGUCCAAGGACUGUGUUGAUGACAAUUGGAAACGGCGUCCUGAUAUGAGUAAAGUUGUGCUACGCCUUUCACACAUACUUUCAAGCUCCAAAGAGUGGGAGGAACUAUAGUUCGAUUGCCUCGCAGGGCAAACAUAUAGCCAAAAUCUGCAAGGCGUUUUCCAGGAGGUUCAAGACUUGGACUUAUUUUGUACAAAAAUCUACUCAUUUUCCUUGGUGUAUUUUCCCUUUUGUUUGUUGAUUCUUUUUAAGGCAUCUAGAGAUCGUACAAUUUACAAUGCCUUUGACAAUUUGUAGGAUUCCUCAAGCAAGGUAGAAUAACUU